AUUAAAAAAAACUAAGCAAUAGUUUCACUUUAAAGUUAUUUUGUAAAUUGUAAACACAAAAUAAACAGCGAUUUAUUUAAACAAAUAAAGACAUUCCGUAAAAAUUUUAGAACUAAUAAAUUGUCUUUAACCGAUGUCAGAAACCUCUAUACGCGGACAACAGGCUCCUAAAGAAGAGAAAUUACCUUCGAAGAUACCGGAAUCUGUUAAGAACAUCAUAUCAAUGGAGAAAGAAAACGAAACAAAUGCUAAUCGAAAAUCUCGAAUUGAUCUUAAUGCGCUGCCGACCCGCCAGUACCUGGACCAAACUGUAGUUCCAAUAUUGCUCCAAGGGUUGUCAGCUCUUGCCAAAGAAAGACCACCAGAUCCUAUCAAUUACUUAGCAGCUUAUUUAUUAAAAAACAAAACAACUUUUGAAAACAAUAGUGCCAACUCUAAUAAUAACACUCCACAGAAUCCACAAACAUAGUACAAAACUAUCUAAAAUUUGUAUUCUAAGUAGUACCAAUCUUUACUUAGGACUUUGUUAUCUCAAAAUUUUAAGUUAAUGUCAAAUAACUAAAAAUUUAUGAACAUAAUUAUUGUACUAUUGUAAACUCCUGAAUUUGAAUAUAUUAUUUUAUUUAUUGGUUAUAAUAACCAAUGAUUAGUAUUAACUAUUCUUAAUACAAUUAGUAAAUUUGUACUUAUAAGUCUU